GAGAGUGUAUGUUUUUGUUCUGGGGCAGAAAGGCGUUCUCCUGCCUCAGGAUGUUGCCUUUAAAGCUGAAGAAGUGGGUUUCCUGUGGAGGAAACGAUCACAGAAUAGACAAGGCUUGGUCGAGACACCGUGUUCCCAACAUUUCUUGUGUACAGGUCAGACAGCUGCAGAGUGGGCAGCGCUUUUUGUGGACCAAAGUGGGUCUCAGCACCUUGGGAGGUCUUCAUUUCCCCCCCGAUGGAUCCUGGAUGCUUUGAAGACCGGUUGACUGACAGCACUAAAUCCCAGCCUGACCUUUUCCGCAGGAGAAUGCAUUUAUGAAUAUUCCAUAAUGGACGAAUAACAAGUGGAUGAAAAACAAACUUCUUUCUUUCUUUGGCUGUAUGAAUGGGUGUUUUCGUACCAACUCGUCAUCCUGAGCACAGCCUCCUCUAGUUUCCCAUGUCAGGUGAUUGACCAACAGAGACAUGUCCAAUGACAGCUGCAACCUCCCUUUGGACACGGACAUAUUCGGCCUCACCUGCAUCUAUGGCCUGAUCUUCUCUUUAGGUCUCCCCAGCAACCUGCUGUCUCUCUGGGGACUGUACCACCUGGGCCGCUCAGGUGGAGGAGGCUGCCAGCUGGUCUACAUCCUCAACCUGCUGCUGUCAGACCUCCUCCAGCUGCUCACCCUGCCACUGUGGAUUCUUUACCUCCAAGGGGCGCACAUCUGGCCCUACGGCCAGCUCACCUGUGAGCUGGUGGGCUACGUGUUUUACGUGAAUGUCUACGCCAGCGUCAUGUUCUUGUGCCUGAUAGCGCUGGACCGCUGCCUGGCCAUCGUGUACCCCCUGAGCAGCCGCAGGGUGCGGACUGUCCGGGUGGCAGCAGUGUGCGGCGUUGCAGUCUGGACACUCACCUUCCUGUUCUGCCUGAGCGGGCUGCUGCCGUCAGUGUUUGACUCUGACAGACUGCUGUGUCUGGAGCAGUACCCGGUCAGCCCUGGAUAUGCACGCUUCAAGAUCACCACCGUGGCUCUCGGCUUUCUGCUGCCGUGUACCAUACUAGGCUACACCUCAGCCCACAUUGGGGUGACUCUCCGACAAUCUCCUUCCCUCUCGGACCACGAGCGGCGCAAAAUCGUGGGCAUCCUGGUCGUGAUCACCGUCAACUUCAUCGUCGUGUUCGGACCCUAUCACCUCGUGGGCGGAUACAGAUUUGUGUCCUUGCUGCUGACUGAUGAGCCCUGUGGAUUGGAGCGUUCCAUUUUCCUCACCUAUCGCCUCUGCUACGGUCUGACCAGCCUAAACACCCUGCUGGACCCCCUCUUCUACAUCUUCCUGUGCGCUGAUGCCCGGCUAGAGCUGCAAAGAUCCCUGCCCUGUUUGGGAAGGGGGCAAAACACUGGCAAAAAGAUCGCCCUUAGUACCAGAGCUCACUCAGACAACCAGAGGGGAAGUGGAAGUGGACAUAAUAAUCUCCUAGAGAUAUAACUUGGGUUUGAAAACAGACUUUACUGGUGUUAAGUCAAAGCAGUUGUGCCACCCAGUGGAAAGGAGCACAAAUAGUUUCUGUGCAGUCUGUGUUGCAACUCUGAGUGAAAAGAUUUAUUUGUGUUUCAUCCUUCCGAGGUAAAAUAAUCCAUUCCACUAAUUAGGUCUCUCAUGAUGAGCUAAAAAUUGUAGUAUUUGUGUGUAGCACAGAGAUCCCACAGUGCAGAUUCUUGGACUGUUGCUUACAUAAACACAACACUAUGUGACAGAGUAGAAAUAUGUCUGUUUCAUAUUUAACCAGUAUUUUGUGAUAUGAAUGUCAGAUGAUGCCAAAUGAAACACAAUUUUACUUCUUUUUGUUUAGAAUCCGAACAAUGCAUGAUAAUGAAAACAAAGUCACAAACUUUUUGUUACUGUU